GCUAGUCUCUUCAGUUGCCCAUUAUAGUAGUAGAAGAUUGUACCACGCAGGCUGUUACAAAAUCCCCAGUACUUCUUGAGAAACACCAGAGAAACUAGAAGACGAGGCAAGUUCCUAUGUUUUAACCUUUGUCAUCAUGGCUAGAAGUUGCUUCUUGCCUUGGGGAGGGAUUUCCUGCUUGAUUUUCUUCAUGAAUAUUCAUAAUUCAUCAUUCCAAGUCUCAGAUGUGAACAAAUGCCUGGAUACCAGGACCUGCCCGUCAACAUCGACUUGCACUAACACUGUGGGAGGCUACUACUGCACCUGUAAAUCCGGGCACACAUCCAGCACCGGGGAAAAACAUUUUAAUUCUUCUGGAGUGACUUGCCUAGAUAAGGAUGAAUGCAAGAACUCCUCCAUCUGCCCACCUACAGCCAAAUGCAAGAACACCCCAGGAAGCUACUACUGCCUCUGCAAUCCUGGAUUUGUGUCAACUGAUGGGAGAGAUCGGUUCACUGGCUCUGGAGCAACUUGCAUAGGAAUCAAUCCUAUUUCUGCUGUCCCCACCCAAAGUACAUUUUCAGGAGACUGUAGACAACAGGACCAGAAAAACAGCAAGAGGAUUUGCUCUGACUUGGAGGAGAUAAAAAGUGUGUUUGAAGGAAGAAAUGGCACACUUUCUUUAAAGGAAGUGGCUAAUUCUUACCCUGAAGUCAGCAACAUCCUGAACGAGUCAUCUCUGAGAAGCAAGGAAGAAACGAACUUUUUAGCAAAGCAUUAUCUUCAAAGUGUGGAGUCGGCCGCGUAUAAAGCUGCCCUGGAGCAACCCACUGAAGGGACAGUGAAUGUACAAUCAUCAUACAUGGCUAUCAAAGCGCUGACCAUCAAGAAUGGCUGCCAAGAAGAAAACGUGACAUUUAACAUUCAAACUGAAAAGGCAUCCAUGGAGAUUGAUUGCACCGUCAUCACUGGAGGAGGAACCAGAGGUGCUGUGGUCUUUAUUUCUUAUGAUUCUAUUGGGCCCAUCUUAGAUGGCUCGUUUGUGGCUAAGGAAAACCUAGUUCUUGAUGAAAACCGGAAUCGCUUUCAACUGAACUCCAAGGUGAUAAGCACCUCCAUAGGAUGUAUGGAGAAAUGCUCUCUGACCAUACCUGUGAACUUCACGUUUCAGCAUAUACAGAUGCUAGAGGAAAGCCAGAAGCCUGUCUGUGUCUACUGGGAUGAGACGGUCUGGUCGAAUGAAGGGUGCCAAAACAUCUUUUAUGACAGAAAUCAUACCAUAUGCAGCUGCAGUCAUCUGUCUACCUUUGCCAUCCUCGUGGCCUCGGUCGAGCUGGAGGAGAUCCAGAAGGAUCCUGUGCUGACCGUGAUCACCUACCUGGGGCUGAGCCUCUCUCUGCUGUGCCUGCUCCUGGCCGCCCUCACCUUCCUCUUGUGUCGACCCAUCCAGAACAUCAGCACCUCCCUCCACCUGCAGCUCUCCAUCUGCCUCUUCGUGGCCCACCUCCUCUUCCUCAUAGGCAUUGACCGGACGGAGCCCAAGGUGCUGUGUUCCAUCAUCGCAGGUGUGUUGCAUUAUCUCUACCUGGCCGCCUUCGCUUGGAUGCUCUUUGAAGGUCUCCACCUCUUCCUCACUGUCCGGAACCUCAAGGUGGCCAACUACACCAGUGCAGGAAAAUUCAAGAAGAGAUUUAUAUACCCUUUAGGCUAUGGGAUCCCAGCGGUGAUAGUGGCUGUGUCUGCAGGACUCAAACCCCAUGGAUAUGGUACACCUACGCAUUGCUGGAUCAGCCUACAGGAGGGAUUUAUCUUUAGUUUCUUAGGACCCAUAGCUGCAGUCAUCUUGAUGAACUUAGUCUUUUAUUUGGUAACCCUAUGGAUUUUGAGAGAUCGACUUUCAUCCCUCAAUAAAGAAGUGUCCAAGAUACAAAACACAAGGAUGCUGACGUUUAAAGCCAUUGCCCAGCUCUUCCUCUUGGGCUGCUCCUGGUGUUUAGGCCUCUUUCUUGUUGAAGUUGUAAAGGAGCCCUUCAUAUCAAUCAUUGCCUACGCUUUCACCAUCACCAAUGUCCUGCAAGGGGUCUACAUCUUCCUGGUCCACUGCCUUCUCAAUCAGCAGGUGAAAGCAGAAUAUAUAAAGUGGUUUAGGGCGAUGAAUAAAGCAACCAGAUUUGACAUCUCUACAGUCUCUGCCACUACCACCCACACCCAGGAGAUGGAAAAAUCGUCAUAUUUACCGAGAAGCAGCAGCAAUACUUCACUCUGAAAAUUACAGGAUGCUCCAUGUCCAUCAUCCCAACUGGCCUGGAAAAAGAAUAAGACAUCUGACUCAAAUAUCCAUGAGAAUGGCUUCAUCAUAUUAGUAGAACUGUUAGCAGAAUGUAGGCUUUUGUUGAGUAGUUUUUUUGUGCAGUGUUAUGCUUAACAGCCUUCUAUGUUUUCAGUUCAAGUAUUUCACACACAGACAUGUAGGUUUUAUAUUUGAUGAGUUUGCAAAUAUAUGUACAUGGAUAUCUAUCAACUAUGUCAAUCAAGUCAAGAUAUGGAAUGUUUGGAGUUCCCAUCAUGGUGCAGCAGAAACGAAUCCAACUAGUAACCAAGAGGUUUAGGGUUCGAUCCCAGUGGGUAACGAUCUGACAUUGUCAUGAGCUGUGGGGUAGGUCACAGACAUGGCUCAGACCUGAUGUAACUGUGGCAUAGGCUGGCAGCUGUAGCUCCUGUUGGACCCCUAGCCUGGGAACCCUCAUAAGUGGCAGGUGUGGCCCUAAAAAGCAAAAAAAAAAAAAAAAAAAGAUAUGGAAUGCUUGCAUCACUCCUGAAGGUUCCUUCAUGAUCUUUUUAAAUCAUGUAUUCCUGGUCUUCCACCCCAAAAGCAUUUGGUACUGACUUUAUCACAACAGAUUAGUUUUGCCAGUUCUUUAAAUACAUAUACAUGGAAUCAAUCAUACAGUAUGUUCUUCUGGUGUCUGUCCUGUUUUGCUCAUCAUGAUGAUUUUUCAAUUCAUCCAUUUCAAGCAUAUGUUGCCAAUCUGUUCUUUUAUUGCUGAGUAGUAUUUCACAAUAUUGUAUACCAAAAUUUGCUUAUUCAUUGUCCUGUUGAUAUAUAUUUCAGUUAUUUCCAUUUUUUCUAUCAUAAAGUUGCUACAGACAUUCUUAUAUAAGAUUUGUAUGUGUAUAUGUGGCCACAUGUUUUCAUUUUUCUUGGGUAAAUACCUUGAUGUGGAGUUGCUAAGUCAUAUAUGAAGUUAAUGAUCCGCUUGAAAAGAAACUGACAAACAGAUCUUCAAAAUGUUUAUAAGUUUACAAGUACCAGGAAUAUACAAGAGUUCCAGUUCCUUCACAUCCUUGACACCACUUGAUAGUAUCAGUUCUUUGAUGGUUAGCUCUUUUUUUGUAGGUAAAAUGAGGUAUCUCAUUGUCGUUUUUAAAAUGAGCACCUUUUCUUGUGUUUAUUCCAUUUGCAUAUCACCUGUCAGAAGAUGCUUAAGUUCAUUAUACACUUACUUGGGUUGUUUUGGGGAAAAGAGCAUAUAGAAUGCAUACAAGUCUUUGUUGGGUACACUUGUUGAGAGCCUUUUCUCCUAGAUUGCGAACAGUCUCCUAUUUUAUGUGGUGUCUUUGGUUCUGAUUUUAGUUCUCUCUGCAAUGUGGACUUGGUCCUGAUAUGACACAGACGAGCUAUGUAUGACAUGCUAUACUUCAGUUACGUUCAGUAUGUGACAUUAAUAUGGUGGUGGGAUUUUGUUUUAUUUUUAUUUUUUGGCCAUGCCUGUGGCAUGUGGAAGUUCCCGGGCCAGGUCUAGAACCCAAACCUCCACAGUGAAAAUGCUGAUCCUUAACCUGCUGUGCCCCAAGGUAACUCCGAUGUGGUGAGGAUUUUAACAUAGAGAAACAUAGUUGUGGUUACAAUUGUUAAAUGUCUCUUUACAUGUCAUCUACCUUCUCCUAUUCCACUUAGGACAUCCAGAUUUUUUUAUUGGAAUAUAGUUGACUUAACAAUGUUGUUUUAGUUUCAGAUGUACAGCAAAGUGAUUCAGUAACACAUAUUCAUAUAUCCAUUCUGUUUCAGAUUCUUUUCCCGUAGAGGUUAUUACAGAGUAUUGAGUAGAUUUCCAGAUUUUUGAGUGGAGGAUUACUUCUUUCUCAUGGUGUAGAAGUGAUGUGGUUCGUGUGUGACCGACCACAUCCUUAAGGAGCUCUUCGGCCUUAACCUGAUUCCUUUCUACCUGGGGCAGUGAAUGGAUCCAGAAGGAGCAUGUGACCCAGUUAGGGCCAUGGAAGAGAUUAAAUUCCAUGGUUUGUGCAGAAUGCAUGAUAACUUGGAGAGGUCUUGUUCUUGUUGAGCCAACUUAAGUUUGGUUUUCUGUUAUGUACAACCAAAAUAAACCCAAAGGAUAUAAUA